AUAUAUAUAUAAAUAUAUAUGUAUGUAUAUAUAUAUCUAAAUAAAUAACAAUAUUUAAUAUAUUGAAGAGUUUAUAUUUGGACAAGACGUAAAUAUGGGUCGAUACCGAAGUCGCAGUCGAGAUAGAGAUAGACGUCGUAGAUCACGCACUCGCUCCAGGAGUAGGUCGCCUCGAGAUAGAAGAAGCUGGUGCGGCAAUGGAGGAAGGGACAGGCCUUCCAGUAGUCGCAACAAUCGUGGUCAACCUGGGGCAAAUUUGAGAAAGCCAAGAUGGGAUCUCAGCCGACUGGAACCUUUCAAAAAAGAUUUUUAUAUUCCUCAUGAAGCAGUUAAAAAUAGAGAUCCACGUAUUGUGGAACAAUAUAGGGCUGAAAAAGAGAUAACAUUAAGAGGAAAAAACAUACCUAAUCCAGUUUUUAAUUUUGAAGAAGCAGGUUUCCCAGAUUAUGUUUUAAAAGAGAUUAAAAGACAAGGGUUUAACGAACCUACAUCAAUCCAAGCUCAAGGAUGGCCUAUUGCAUUGAGCGGUAGAGAUAUGGUAGGCAUUGCCUCUACUGGUUCUGGGAAAACACUGUCUUAUAUAUUACCUGCAAUAGUUCACAUCAAUAGCCAGCCAAAAUUAAGCCGUAAAGAUGGACCUAUUGCAUUGGUAUUGGCACCUACGCGAGAACUAGCUCAACAAAUUCAGCAAGUUGCAGAUGAUUUUGGGCACUCAUCUGGUAUAAGAAAUACAUGUCUGUAUGGCGGAGCACCAAAGGGCGCACAAGCUAGAGAUCUGGAUGGUGGUGUAGAAAUAGUUAUUGCUACACCUGGUAGACUAUUAGACUUUCUUGAGUCUGGAAAGACAAAUUUGAAAAGAUGUACAUAUUUGGUGUUAGAUGAAGCUGAUAGAAUGUUGGACAUGGGAUUUGAGCCACAGAUCAGGAAGAUCAUAGAACAAAUUAGACCGGACCGGCAAACAUUAAUGUGGUCAGCUACAUGGCCUAAAGAAGUAAAGAAUUUGGCUGAAGAUUUUCUUAAAGAUUAUGCUCAAAUUAAUGUCGGUUCUUUACAACUUGCAGCAAAUCACAAUAUAUUACAAAUAAUCGAUGUAUGUCAGGAAUAUGAAAAAGAGACUAAAUUAAGUACCUUAUUAAAAGAGAUUAUGGCUGAAAGUGAAAACAAAACUAUAGUAUUUAUUGAAACAAAGCGUAGAGUAGAUGAAAUAACAAGAAAGAUGAAACGUGAAGGUUGGCCGGCAGUUUGCAUUCAUGGCGACAAGACACAACAAGAACGAGAUUGGGUUUUACAAGAUUUUAGAUCGGGAAAAGCACCAAUUCUUGUUGCUACUGAUGUUGCUGCACGCGGCCUUGACGUUGAAGACGUCAAGUUUGUCAUCAAUUUUGACUAUCCUUCCUGUUCCGAGGAUUACGUUCAUCGUAUCGGUCGUACCGGUCGCCGACAAAAAACCGGCACAGCUUAUACGUUCUUUACGCCUAAUAAUGCCAACAAAGCUAAUGAUCUGAUACAAGUACUAAAGGAAGCAAACCAGGUAAUCAACCCGAAAUUGCUGGAACUUGCCGACAAAACCGGAGGAUAUGCAAGACAUCGAGGUGGCAGAAAUCGAUGGCGUUCACGUGGUGGCGGCGGCGGCGGCGGCGGCGGCGGCGGCGGCGGCGGUCGCAACGGAAAAGAACGCAGUUACACGCGAAGUAGAAGUCGAACUCAUAGCAGAGAACGAAAUGGUCGUGGCAGUCGACGAACUUACAGUCGUAGUUAUUCGCGAAGUCGUAGUCCCAUCAGUAAUCGUAAUGAAAUUAUUGGCAAGAGUUAUUGGAGUAGCGAAAGAUGAUCUUCCAGCUCCGAAAGUAAAGAAUAUGUGCAUUAAUGCAGGUAAUAUAUUGUUUCACGUCCAAAAUACGGAAGAAACGAUUGUUGAAAUUCUAUUUCAACGAAACGUAUUAUUUAUGUUAACUUUGUUGGAAUGUAUUAUUUGUAUCUUUGUCGCAACAAAUAAUACGUACAAGUAUACUGUUAGUGUAAACACAUCUUUGCAUACAAGUGCUCUCGUAGGUGUAUAUAUAGGGUAAGUUUGAUAAAAAGUUUAGUUUUUCUCAAAAACGGUUAGAGAUAGGGGAAUACAUUUUAUUAUCAAAAUUAUAGGAUUAAGGAGAAUAUAGUGAUUUUAAAUAUUUUUUUUACAUUAUCAAUCAAAAACAAAAAUUUUUUUUCCAUGAAAUGGGAUACUUUUGAGUUAUUUUGAUAAUAUUCAAUGAGCUUAAUAACUUUUAUAUUAAAAUAUUUUUCAAAACACUCAACCUUUAUCGAGAUAUAAACAAAAUUAAAAAAUCAAAAUAUAGAACAAAUCUUUUUACUAUUAUAAUAAGUACUUAAAAUGUUUACUGUUAUUCCAGACGUAACUGUAGUCUUAGUGAAAAGCUUGCUUGGAUUUCUUUUAACUCUUGAACGGUUAUUUUGCAAAAAAUAUUGUUUAUUCUUUCUAUCAUGUUUUCUCAAGUGAUAGGACAUUGAAAAUAAGCUAGCUCUUUUUUUUCUAUCCAAGCAAGCACCCACAAAGAGUACAAAUCUAGAAUAAUAAUGAACAUUUUGAGCUUUAAUUGUAAUAGUAAAAAGAUUGUUUAAUAUUUUUUAGUUUGACUAAUUUUGUUUAUAUUUCGACAACAGUUGAGUUUUUAGACAAUAAUAUAAAAGUUAUUAAUUAUUAUUGAGUACUAUCGAUAGAGUAAAAGUACCUCAUUCUAAUUAAAAUAGUUUUUAUUGGUAAUGUGAAAAAAUAAUUAAGGUUAUUAUAGUACGUUUUCCUUAAUGUCCUACAAUUAGUAUAAUAAAUGUCUAUUCUUAUUUCUAGCCGUUUUCGAGAAAAACAUGCUUUUUGAUCAAACUUACUUUGUAUGUAUAUACAGGGUGUCUAAAAAAGUAUAUAUAUGUAAUUUACCGUAAUUAGUCUAUAAAAAUAUAUACAGAAGAAUAACAAAAACUUAAGCUUGCUCAUAUAAAUCGUUCUGAAUGAAUCAUAGUUUUUACAAACAAAAGUCAAAGAUUGCUUGGAGUAAAAAGAGAGAGAAAAGGAGAAGAAAAAGGAAGGAAGAAAUGAAAUAUGCUUUUUUCUACGACAUACCAAGAAACAAAGAUUAUAUCUUUUGUAAUGCAAGAGCUGUUUUAUACAAUUUGCGCAAGUCAAGCAGUAUAAACUAUUCGUUCUUUUUUCAACGCGAUGCAGGUUAAAAAAAAAUUACAAAAAAAAUAAUCCAGUCUUUUCAGUUACUAAAUAAU